GCGGUGGCGGCGGCGGCGGGUGAAGGGCAACGACGGCGAUGGGUGCUAUGGGCUGAUUGGUAAAGAUGGAAAGAGGGAGAGGAGGAGGAGGAGGCGGAGGAGGAAGGAACGUGGGAGGCUCCGGCCUGCACAGGAGCAUCUAUUCCCAGUCCCAGCAGCAGUACCAUUACACGGCCCCCUCUCAGGGGGGCUGCAUGGAGAUCCAGGAGCUGGCCUCCAAGAGGGUGGACAUCCAGAAGAAGCGAUUUUAUCUGGAUGUGAAGCAGAGCUCCCGGGGCCGAUUCCUGAAGAUCGCAGAGGUCUGGAUUGGGAGAGGCAGGCAGGACAACAUCAGGAAAAGCAAGCUGACACUCUCCCUGUCCGUGGCCGCCGAGCUGAAGGACUGCCUGGGCGAUUUCAUUGAGCACUACGCCCACCUGGGCCUGAAAAGUGGCCACAGGCAUGAGCACAGCAAUGGCAAGGAGCAGCACUCGAGGCAGCGCCAGCAGCACCCGCCGCCCUCACCCUCGGGCUCUGUGGGCUCUGAAGAGCACCCUCACAGCGUCCUCAAAACAGAGUACAUCGAGAGGGACAACAGAAAAUAUUACCUUGACCUGAAGGAGAAUCAGCGGGGCCGCUUCUUGCGGAUCAGGCAGACGAUGAGCCGGGGACCUGGCAUGAUUGGUUAUUUUGGCCACAGCUUGGGACAGGAGCAGACUAUUGUCCUUCCGGCACAAGGGAUGAUCGAGUUCAGGGAUGCUUUGGUCCAGCUGAUUGAAGAAUACGGCGAGGGGGACAUGGAGGAUCGCAGGGGUGGGGGAGAUGAGCCCCCUGAGCUCCCUGAGGGCACCUCCUUUCGGGUGGACAACAAGAGGUUCUACUUUGAUGUGGGAUCCAACAGGUAUGGCAUUUUUCUGAAGGUAAGUGAGGUGAGACCACCCUACCGUAACACCAUCACAGUUCCAUACAAAGCAUGGACAAGGUUUGGGGAAAAUUUUAUCAAGUAUGAAGAAGAGAUGAGGAGAAUUUGCAACAGCCAUAAAGAAAAAAGGAUGGAUAUCAGAGGGGACAGUGGUGAAGAGCAAGAGGGUCUCGAAUAGAGUGCACUGAACUGGCCGUCUGGCAAAAUAAAACAAAAAGCAGAUAUUGGUGAGAGGGACUGAUCUAUAGUAAUUUGAAGUUGCCCCUUUUUUUUUUUCUUUUUUUAUUUGUAAAGUCCUUUUCUGGUAGUCAGUACAUAAUGUUAUGGGAGUCUGGUUAUCAUGCUAUAUUACACCCAAAAUAUCUGUAUUUCUUAAGAAAGUACCAACCUCCCAAGUCUGUAUGAGUCAGCUUCUUUGAGUGUGUAAGACUAUGAAACUAUGCGUAUCAGCACAAAAAAGACGGCAUUCUGACCUUUAAAUAGUCUAGAUAAGGCUUGUGUUGCACUUCAGCGUGGUACAAAAAAAGCCCUCACACUGAAAUGUAUCGGUUUCUCCUUAUGGCAGUUUUUCUGGAACUGAACUCUGCCUGUACUCGGUAAGAAGGCUGAAGAGCUGAGCCAUAGGGCACUUACUGCAAAAACUGUCUUCAUGUUAAUUGCUCAGACAUAUAUGAGGAGAGGGAGAUGUUUAAAAAUUGGUAUCUGCUGGUUACUGAGUUGGAAAUGAUGUUCUUUGUGGGAGAAAUCUCAGUAACCAGUCAGACCUUUAAUACUGUGCUAGUGGAGAGCAGAUGAUUUGUUAUUAAUCCCAUAGUUUUGUGCUAACCUAAUAACCUGAGUAUCCCAGGAUAUGAAACUGUGCUCAAGUGCUAAGCCUUCCAAAUUCAUGGCAACAAGUCAUAAUCCAUUCUUCAUCUCCGUGUUCUGCCCACACGGGGCUGAUGAUUUUUUUAAUGCAUUCCUCCAAAUUUCAGAAGCUAUUUUUGUAGCCGGGGUGUUGUGGGUUCUGGCAGGAGGCUGUGCAACGGGUGUGCUGAGCCAGAUGGCUGCUGUGAUUGAGGUUCCAGAGUUCCCUCCCAAUUGUGAAAUGAAUGCGGCCACGAUGUUACACACGUGAGGACAACACCUGGGCACUUCUCUCCUCCUGCUGUGAGGAAGAUCUUUGGGGGGUUUGGUGCACUAUUUGAUUCGUAUCAAAAUGCAUCUCUGUCCUAUUGAUGUGUAACGCAUUUUCAAAGCCAUGGCUGCAUCAGAUUUUCUGUCACGCUGACUUUACAGAUGUUAUUAGUACAACAUAAGACCAGUGCCCUGCCAUCACCUCCUUCCCGCCCUGUCGAAGCUGGAGCUGAAAUCCAGCAAUUUGAUUUCUAGCUUUGUGCAAAGUCUACUGUCAGCUCUGCAGCCUGAACCUUACAGUCCUUGUCAGAAGAAUUCUCUGCUGGGAGGGAAAAUGCAUAGAAUUAGCAGGUCUGAAGACUUUGAAAAUUCUUGGUCAUUUCUUAGCAAAUGGAUACAUAUCAUUCAAGGGACUUUUUCAGCCUUCUGAAAUCAUUGGGAAUUUGGUUGAGUUCCAGGUACUUUAAAGAAUGUAUUUCCCACCUCUAAGGUUUUUUUGAAGGAUGCGUGACUAGUCAGAUAUUUAUAAUCACUUGCAUUGUAUUUUGCAGAGUGGCCAAGUGUGCACGUGGACCAGAUGUUUUCCAACUCAACCAUUCCAUUGUUUUUUAAAUCUGUUCAGAAAGGUUUUCAUCUUCACUCUUAGUCUGGACCCACCUGCACGCUGCAUGGCCACGCUAAAUCCAAAAGCUAUUGCCUGUUAUGAUUAACCGUAGCAAGAAAGCUGGGGAGGCAGGGGUGGGAACUGAGAGGAUAAUCUGGGCUUUACUUUGGGUACUAAUAACAGUCAAUCUGUUUUAACUUUAAAAAAAAGAAAAAAAAAAAAAGAAAAAGAGGAAAGAAAAAAAAAAAGCUUGCAUCAAAAUCACCAAAGAAUCUUUAGGAAAUGUCACAGUUGUGACAGAAAGUAAGAAAGUUAAUUUCACUGUUUUAGGUGAUUUGCCCUUUACAUAAAACUACAUACAGCAGUUACAGCAAGCAAACAUUUGGCUUAGUGUCACAAAAACCAUCCAUUUCUGCACAGAUUGCUCUUUCAGGUACUUUUUCAAGUCUGUAAGAGAUUUUCACCACUUGAACUGCUAGCAGACCACAAUGAAUCAGCUAGAGGCAUUAUGGGGUACUGGUUCAUCUUUGCUUCUAGGCUUUUGGUCGCAAUGUUUGUAACAGGUUUGGUUAGCAAACAAUCACAAUAACUUCUUGUCCCAGUUGGUGUGAAACAAGAGUUUAGCAAGCAAGUCCCGGAUGCACAAGUCAGCACGUCGCUGGCUGCUGCUGCCCUUUACAGUGCCUGGAGUUACAAUGAACUUAUCACAGAUCCUAACCAACUGGAGCUAUGAAUGUACAACUCUUUUAUGCUCGCCUUCCUGCUCCCGUGUGGCACUCCUCCCCUACGCACUCGACAUCUUCCAGUCCCACGUCUGUGUCAAUGCAUCGUAAAAGCUGCCACGUUGGAAUUUGCUUAGGUUAGGUGUGUGUUGUAAGUGGUCACGCAUUCCUUCUGUUCCUUUGGUGUUAGUAAGGAAAAUACUUGCAAUGGGCAAAGUGAUUGAAAAGGCCUGUUUAUUAAUCCUGUCUUUUGCUUAAAAAAAAAAAAAAAAAAGAAAAAAGAUGAGAUGAGAUGCAAAAUGGCUUUUGUUAUUGCUACUCACUUGCCAUUUUGACAAAAGGGUGUCUAAAUGCAGCUGGCUGUAUCUUAGUAAGACUGGUAUCUCUGUGCGUUUAACCCAUUUAUUUUUUUUAAAUCUUUUUCCUGAGUUAAUUAAUUGGCCUUCUGAUUGCAUUAGUGUAUUGUAAAUAGCAGCCAGGAAUCCAGUGCUGGCUGUGUGGCAGGGCUGGUUCCACAGGAUUCACUAAUGCAUGUACUCUCCCUGUGUGGGAUGCACCUUAGUAUCCAAAACUGGAUGGGAUCUUCAAGUUCACAACCGACUACCAAUGGAUAAACCACUAGCGACAGGUUUCCACAGAAAUAUAAAGACUACUGGUGCUUGCAAAUAUUGUCAUGGGAGGAUAAAACAGACUAACUCAAAAUGUAGCAAUGCAAAAUUGUACCAGUUAGAUUUGGAAACGGGUUCAUCAUUAUUUUUGGCAGUGCAUUUUCAACCUCUGAGAGCAGCAAUAAUGUAAGCUGCUUGUGUGCAGAAGGGCCCGUUGCAAUGCUUGAGAAUGCUGUGUUCCUCAUGCAUUUCAAAUGUUCAUUCUCUGUGCCCUAAAACUGCCAUGUCCCUUAAACUUGAGAAAACACAAGCUUAUUUGCACUAGAAAGAACGGCCAAAAACAAUUCUAGGAGGACAGGGUGAAGAGUACCAAUCUGAACCUCUUUUCUCAUGAGAGAAUUCCUAUUAAAGUCCUCAACUCUGUUUCAAAAUUGUAUGGUCCAGACAGAAGUCUGUCAGUUCAAUAAGAAAAUCCUAAUGCACUUUAUAUUGUGUAAAUAAUAGGAGCAUAUUUCUGCCACUGGUCUGGCAGGGGGUGCUUCAGCAUUGUAAUCUGAAUCUUGAAGAGGUUGUAUCCUGUGUGCACGUGUCAGAUAUGGACCUCUUGUACAUUCUUGACCCAGCUCCUGGACAGGUGUGGUGGUACAGAUCCUCUGAGCUCGUCAAAGCGAGACACUGAGAUGUAGUAUGCAGUGCUGCUGAACAGCCUGAGCUGGUGGCAGUGCCUGCUGUGGCUCUCCGGCAGUUUAGGUCCGCUCUGAAUGCUGUUGCUGAGCCUGACAAACAAGAUUUUCAAGGCCACACCAAGUUCUUGUGCUUAGCUUUCCCUUCCGUUGGCACAGAUGCUUGUGCCAUCCCUCAAGGUCUUGCUUUGAGAAUAAGGUGUCGUGGAGGCUUUGCCAGCUGACCCCCACCUGCUGUGAAGAAGCUGCCUUUCUUGGCAAAGGACUAGCAGAGCAGCACGUUAACAAGGGACUGGAAGGUUUCCUGUGGCCAGGUUUCCCACAUGGCACUGCUUGAAGGUGACAAAAAUCAUGUCUUGGGGACACGCGUGGUGGGCUCCACCCUGAAAGAUGCAGCCGUGGCAGCAAUCUGCUCUUUGUCGUGUUUCUUGUAUGUACUCAAUAUAUAAAAAUUCAUAUUCACGUCUAGGCAUUGAUAUAUUUAUGUGAGUAUAUUGUAGCCUGUAGUAGCUCGUAACAAAAUAAUCUAUUUAUCUGAAGUACGCAGUCUAAAGAUGGGGCUUAAAAGGCAGUUUCUCAUACUAUCAGUUUGGAUAAGCGCAUUAUUUCACUGAGAGCACUUUGCCUGCUGCUUAUCAUGGCCCUUUUAAGAUUUUGGCUUUUAAGCACUUUCAUCUCUUAGGUUUUCAGUGAGGCUGCAAGGAAAACAUAGGCAAGAGAAGGGAAAACUUUACUUCGAGGCGCAGUGCAGGUAAAGCAAGAGCUGCAGGUAUCAGCCCGAUGCUGCCCCACGGGUCAUGUUGCAUUCCCACGCUGUUUUAAAAUCCCUCUACUCUGCAAACCUUUACAUUCAUAAAAUAUGCCAUUGUAAGGAUUAAAAAAACCUGUCUUUUAUUAAAAAAAAUCCCAAUCAAUUACCAAAAUCAGAAUAGCCACAAUCAUUGGCAUCCAUUUUUUUUCUGCUGAAGAUGUUGUAGUCUAAUGGUUACACUGUUUAUUUCCCAAGGCCUGUUCCGGUGACCUAAACCUGUGGGAAAGGCAGCUGGUAGUGGCCAGGAAGCCUGCUGCUUGCUUGACUUGCAGCUCUUUUAUCCACGUGUAUUAAUUUUUCUAGCAGAAAAGAGUUUAUU